GUCUCAUCCAUUCUGGGCCUUGUCUCCUUCAGGUGCUCGGCUUCGACUCCACUUGGUCUCCGCCGGAGGCAGUCGCCGAAGGAUCUUCGGAGUCCGGUGCGUUGCAAUGGCGCAUCGAUGGGAAGCAGGUUCUCACACUGACGCUGACGGCCCCGCAGAAGAGAAACACUCUGAGUGUGGAGGUGCUCUCCGCCCUGCAGGAGCGACUCAAAGCCGUGAAGGAAGCAGAGCGCGGUCGUGUGCGGGCGGUACUACUGCAGGCGCAGGGCAACGUCUUCAGCUCCGGCCACGAUUUCGGCGACUUUGCGGCCGAGAAAGGCCGGCAAGCCCAUGAGAGGACUCUGAAGAUGUGCUCCGAGGUGAACAUGCUGCUGCAAGAGAUCCCACAGCCCACCAUCGCCGUGGUGCAAGGGCUGGCGACCGCUGCGGGGUGCCAACUGGCGUGUUCGUGUGAUCUGGUCCUUGCUGCGGAUUCCGCAGCUUUUCAGCUGCCUGGCGCGGCGUCGGGUGGAUUCUGUCACACCCCGGCCGUCUCGGUCGCUGCUAGGGCAGCCUCCCUGCGCUUCGCAGUGGAAAUGGCGCUGCUGGCUGAACGAGUUCCUGCGCAGCGCGCCGAACGCAUGGGCCUGGUGAACCGCGUGGUACCCCGAGUCGCUUUGUUCCAAGAGGCACGGGCCAUGGCUGAAAAAAUCGCUGCCAUCGAGCCCGAGAACCUCCAGCGAGGGAAGCUGCUUCUCUACGAGCAGGCGGCCAAGGCGACGCUAGCAGAGAAGUAUGAGACGACAGAGCCUGCCAUGCUCGACAUGUUCGCCUCCGAUGCCUCACAGGCAAACGUCAAGAAGUUUGUGAAGCCGGGCAAGUGA